AUGGCCACUUACGAGGAGGUGUCAGACACUGACAGCCUCAGUGGCGCCGAAGGUGCAAACCCCUACAUUAUCCGACCAGCCACAAGGAAUCGCGACAAGGUUUUUAGAAUACGAAAGGAGGAGAUCAGACAGGUUCGGGAGCGAGUCGAAGCCUUGACCACAGCGGCGACCUCGACUCAGAGCAUCCCCGAGACUUCUUAUGAACACAUCGCCCAGACACUGCCCUCGAGUUCACCAACCAAGACGUGCAACGUGAUCUCGAUACAGGCAAUAAGCUUGUCGGAUAUACAGAAGGUGCUUCGGCCGAAGCCGCCAGUCGAUCCGAGAGAGAAGGUCCCGGCAGAAGUGUUGAAAGAAUUCCGCGAUCUAUUCUCACCAGAAGAAGUAAUGAAGCUGCCGCCACGUCGACCGGGUAUGGACCAUGAAGUCAAUCUGCAGCCUGACAAGAACGGCAACAAGCCACCCCUUCCAUGGGGCCCACUAUACAACAUGUCACGAGAAGAGCCGUUGGCCUUGCGAAAGACCCUGAAGGACCUGUUGGACAGAGGAUUCAUCCGAGCGAGUAGCUCAGCGACUGCCACACCGGUGCUGUUUCGCGACCGAUAUCCACUGCCCCUCAUCGCGGAGACCCUGCAGAAUCUGGCCAAGGCCAAGUGGUUUACCAAAUUGGACGUAGUAGCCGCUUUCCAUAGGAUCCGUAUGGCUCCGAGACUUGAGUGGAAGAUCGCAUUUCGCACGAGGUUUGGGCUGUACGAGUGGCUCGUGUGCCCUUUCGGCCUGAGCGGCGCCCCGGCAUCGUUCCAACGGUACAUGAACGUACUGAGCUGCAACUACCGCAACCUACUUCUCCGGAAGCAAAAUCGUCUUCACUGCAAGUCAGAAACUGAUACGGCGCCGCACUCCGGCCGGCACGCACCUGAGUGCUAUCGCUAUCGCCUCGAGCUCGGCCGUGUAGAAUUUCUCUUGCCGCCUCCCUAUUGUAACGGAACAUCUGGCUUCACAUUCGUCGACGCCGUUCAUUGCCGUGUUCCGAACGCAACCUCCCACGCCGACAAGGCCUCUUCUCUGCGACGAAGACGUGGCGAUCAAUAUCCUCCAUUCUGA